UGUUACCUUAAGAGGAAAUAAAAAUAAAAAUCAACCACCCUCUUUAAAAUUCCAUUCCUAUUCCACCAUUAAAUUAAAGGAUCCAAAAUUCACUUAAAAACAAAUUUCUUUUCUUCAAAAAAACUUUUUUAAAAAAUAAAACUGUAGCUUUGAGAAGCAGAAAAAAAAAUGUUUGCUGCAGAAAAUGGACUGAAGGGUGAUCGAAGGCUUCAGGGCAUAUCUGAAGCUAUUAGGGUUGUGCCUCACUUCCCCAAACCAGGUAUAAUGUUUCAAGAUAUAACAACGUUGUUGCUGGAUCACAAGGCUUUUAAGGAUACAAUUGACAUAUUUGUUGAUCGUUACAAAAAUAUGGGUAUUUCUGUUGUUGCAGGAGUUGAAGCUAGGGGAUUCAUGUUUGGGCCAGCAAUCGCCUUAGCCAUUGGAGCAAAGUUCGUUCCAUUAAGAAAGCCUAAAAAACUGCCAGGUGAAGUAAUCUCAGAACAGUACGACCUGGAAUACGGAACGGAUUGCCUCGAAAUGCAUGUCGGUGCUGUUCAUGCCGGAGAGCGAGCAUUGAUUAUUGAUGAUUUGAUAGCAACAGGAGGGACCCUUUCAGCAGCAAUAAAACUACUCGAGCGCAUGGAAGCUGAAGUCAUCGAAUGUGCAUGUGUUAUUGGAUUGCCUGAGCUCAAGGGGAAGCGCAGACUUAGUAAACCGCUUUACAUCCUUGUCGAGCCACGUGAAAUCGAUGAUUGUUAUCAAGAAGUGUGCGUGUGAAUAUGCUUGAGCUGACUUGCAGAAAAAUGAGAUGAUGCUUGAGCAAAAUAGGCCAUCAUAUAUGUUGAUAAAUGUUUCAAUCAUUUGUUGUCCUGUAAUUCAACGUCCCAGAUUUUGGAUGUCACUGCUCAUCAGUUGGAAAGGUUGUUUAUUUUUACCUUUGUCAUGGUAAAAAAAUCAUUCCAUUUCCGAA